AUGCUGCAUUACUGCUUGGUCCAUAUGGCGUAUCAUUUAAGCAGGCGGUUGCCAAAACAUCAGAGGUUGAAAUUUCAAAUCAUAACUGCAAUUUUUGCAACGCUUAUCCUUGCUCCUCAGUUGUAUGUUCUAACAAGGCCUAAAUCGUCCCGAUACUGCCAACAGCCUCUUCUGAACAACCUUGCAUGCUUCAUUGUGCUAUCUCUUGUGGCUACAGGCUUUGCAGUGGUGUUCACACUACUGGACCCAGUCCCUCAAGCCUUCAAGGCAGCCUUCCAUGUGUUCGGAGUGGUGUCGUUCACAGAGGGCCUCUGUACCACUGUCCUAAUUGCCACAGCAACUUCCUGUGCAAAAACAACUCCUGAGCUGUACUACCUGUCCUACCUGCUAUCCUGGGCGUGUGUCCUGACUACAGGAUGA